UUUACCAAUAACAAAACCCAUAAUUUAUCACCGAGAGUCGAGCAUAAAGAAAAUAAAAACGCCCGUCCCUUCUUUCCAAAGCCACUCGGGCACUCAACUCUCACUCUUCACUCCACCUCUACUCUCUCUCUCUCUCGCUCGAAUUCCUCUCUCCUCCAACAAUGGGCCAAAACAGCAGCGGUCUAAACCGCCAAGGUGGCCCUCCCGGCGACCGUAAAGACGGCGAAAAAAAAGAGAAGAAAUAUGAGCCAGCAGCGCCACCCGCUCGCGUCGGCAGAAAACAGCGAAAACAAAAGGGCUCUGAAUCCGCCGCCCGUAUCCCCACCGUAACACCCUUAACCAAAUGCAAGCUCAGGCUUCUCAAGCUCGAGAGGAUUAAAGAUUACCUCUUAAUGGAGGAAGAAUUCGUCGCUAAUCAAGAGAGGCUUAAACCUCAGGAAGAAAAAACUGAGGAAGAUCGUUCCAAGGUUGAUGAUAUUCGUGGGUCCCCCAUGAGUGUUGGGAGUUUGGAGGAGUUGAUUGAUGAGAAUCAUGCCAUUGUUUCUUCUUCUGUGGGGCCUGAGUAUUAUGUUAGCAUUAUGUCGUUUGUUGACAAGGAUCAAUUGGAGCCAGGUUGCUCGAUUUUGAUGCAUAAUAAGGUUCUUUCUGUUGUUGGUUUACUUCAAGAUGAAGUUGAUCCUAUGGUAUCUGUCAUGAAAGUUGAGAAGGCUCCAUUAGAGUCAUAUGCUGAUAUUGGGGGCUUGGAUCCUCAAAUACAAGAGAUCAAAGAAGCAGUUGAGCUACCAUUGACUCAUCCUGAACUCUAUGAAGACAUUGGUAUUAAACCUCCCAAGGGAGUCAUUCUUUAUGGAGAACCUGGUACUGGGAAAACACUUCUUGCUAAGGCAGUGGCAAAUUCAACAUCAGCUACUUUUCUACGUGUUGUUGGCAGUGAAUUGAUCCAGAAGUAUCUUGGUGAUGGUCCAAAAUUAGUCAGGGAACUCUUCAGGGUAGCUGAUGACCUUUCACCAUCUAUUGUUUUCAUCGAUGAAAUUGACGCAGUUGGGACAAAGAGGUAUGAUGCUCAUUCUGGCGGUGAACGUGAAAUUCAGAGGACCAUGUUGGAACUUCUCAAUCAGUUGGAUGGCUUCGAUUCAAGAGGAGAUGUCAAAGUCAUCCUUGCAACGAAUAAAAUUGAAAGCCUUGAUCCAGCUUUGCUUCGUCCUGGGCGAAUAGAUAGGAAAAUUGAGUUCCCACUUCCUGAUAUUAAAACAAGGAGAAGAAUUUUUACGAUUCACACCUCAAAAAUGACAUUGUCUGAUGAUGUUAAUCUUGAAGAAUUUGUUAUGACCAAGGAUGAGUUUUCUGGUGCUGAUAUAAAGGCCAUAUGUACUGAAGCUGGGUUACUUGCCUUAAGAGAGCGUCGCAUGAAGGUUACACAUACGGACUUCAAGAAGGCUAAAGAAAAGGUGAUGUUCAAGAAGAAAGAAGGCGUGCCAGAAGGACUUUACAUGUGAAGAGCCUGCAUCUGUUAUCAACUACAAUUACAAUUACAUAGAACUUUGGUUUUUCCUCUUUUGUCUUUGUAUAUUUUUGUUAUCGAAGGUAUAAUCCCGUUAAACAUACUUUGUAGAUGGAAUAUUUGAAUCUAUUGGUGCCAAGUUUCUGUAUGAUCAGUUAUGCUCAA